AAAAAAAGCUUUAGCAGCCGGUAGUGGGCCAGAGGCGUGCAAGCAGGUCCCUGGGAGUUUGAAGCCAGCCUGGUUCUGAGUUCCAGGCCAGGCAGGGCAACAGAGGAACCGAAGGAGAUAGAGUCCUCGAGCCAGGAGUCACAUCUUGGUCCUGCUGCGGUCAGGAGACAUCUCUCCGCUGUCCAUCUCUGGAACUUUCUUCCUGAAGAUCCAUCAGGAUGAGCUGCAAGUCCCCACCCACACUCCAGGAGCUGGCAGAGGACAGCCUCCUGAGGGACCCGGUCUUGGCCAUCUCUAAUCUGGAUGGUGUGCCCUCAUAUUUCUUCCCAUCACUGUUCAAAAAGGCCUGCAGAAGGAGAUGUAUUAGCAUCAUAAUGGCAAUGGUGAGGAUCUGGCCCUUCCCCUGCCUCCCACUGGGAGCCAUGAUGAUGCGGAAGGGUGCCUACAGGAGAAUCUUACAGAUUAUCCUGUUUGAGCUUGAUGGCCUGCUUUUCCAGAAGGCUAGUCACAGGAGGUGCAGGCUGAAAGUGCUGGAUUUGCGGUUUAUGCCUUUGAAGAUGUGGGACAAGUGGUCUGUGUUCAAGACUAGUGACUGGAUUGAGAAUCUAGCAGGGGUGGAUCAUUCGGGAACGGAGAUGAAGCCGCUGGUGAAGGUGGUGGUAGACCUGGUCCUCAAGAGAAGCCCACUAGACGCCAUAGAGUCCUUCAUUGUUAAGUGGGUGGGUCGGAGGGAAGGUCUGAUGAGUCUGUGCUGUGGCCACCUACAGAUCUGGUCUCUAUCCGGUAAGUACCACAGAGAAGUCUUAGAGAUAUUGGACCUGGACUCUAUCCAGAAACUGAGUUUGUACUACAUGAAUAAUCCUACCUGCCUGCUUAACUUCUCCCCUUACCUGGGCCGUAUGAGGCACCUGCGUAGUCUUCUUCUCUGCCACCUCCGGUGGUCCGGCUAUUUUCUCACCCCGGUGGAGAAACAACGGGUCAUCACCCAGUUCACCUCUCAGUUUGUCAACCUGACGCACCUCCGGAGCCUGCAUCUACAUAAUGUCUUCUUCCUAAGGGGUCACCUGGACGAGCUGUUCUGGUGGCUAAAGACACCCUUAGAGACGCUGAUGGUGACUGACAGUUUUCUCUCAAAAUCGGACUGGACCCAUAUGUGUGAGUUCCUGUGUGCCAGUCAGCUAAAACACCUGAUUUUGAAAUGGAUCAAACUGACUAAUUUCAGCCUAGAGCCCCUGCGAGUUCUGUUACUGAAAACUGCAUCUACUUUGAUUACCCUGGACUUGGAGGGCUGCCAGCUGAUGGACUCCCAACUCAAAGCCAUCCUGCCUGCCCUGAGACACUGUACCCAGCUCACCCGGCUUAACUUGUAUGGAAACUAUCUGUCUUCGUGUGAUCUUGAGGGAGGACAUCACGAGAUGAGGCUGAGGUACCAAGGGUCACAGAUAUCCCUUAUCCCAAGCUGUGAUGAUCACAGUGACAAGGACCUUGAGAUGAAUGUUCAGCCUUGUGUUGAGUUUAUAGAUGUGGGGAGAACUGCUGGGCAGUCUGAGCAUGCCUUUGUUUUGUGCCUCCUGCUUUGAAGGAUGUGAGUCAUGAUGUGCGCAUGUGUUGGGACUUGUUGGAUGCCUGUCUAAUGAGAUGCAGAGAGCAAGCCCUCCUGUGGACACUGGGUGGCAACACACAGGUGUCCGGUGAGAGGACACACAACACAAGGUUUUACACAGGGACCAUCAGUCCUACCUGGAUGAUUAACCUGGUUUCCCCUUCAGAUCUAAUAAGGUCCUGUGACUUUCGGUUGUCCUACCUCUACCUUCUUCGACCUGAGUCUAGGCUUGUACCGUCAGACUUGCUUCUCUGUUUUUAACUGAUCCUGGGGCUUGUUCUGUCCGUCAGUCAACAACAGUAGCAUGUUAUACAGCAGCACUUUGUGGGGGCUGGAGAGACGGCUUGUCACUUUUAGAGCACUUGCUGCUCUUGCAUUAGACCUGGGUUUGAUUUCCUACAUCCACAUGGUAACUCACUAUCAUCCAUAAUUCCAGUUACAGAGGAUCUGUUGCCUUCUUCUGGCCUCUGGGGGGCACGAGACAUGCUUGUGGUGCAUGGACAUACAUGUAGGCAAAACACUCAUAACACAACUCUAAAAUAAUUUAAAAAUGGUUUGUACUGCUGGGGCUAGAUGACUGCCUUGUCUGUGAGUCAGCCGCCACCCAGCAUUACUGUGACACAUAAAUCAUGUAUUUACACUUAGAAAAUACUGCCACUUAUGAGCUUAGGAAUGGAACCAGGAAUAUAUGGGCGAGUAGACAUAAACCCUAGUAGGGAAAAAAAAAUCAUCUUUUAUGACAUUACUAAACACUCCAGACCAUUGAAGGCGUAGUCUCCACCCUAACCACCCUCCCCAUCCCCACCCCCACUGUGUGAAGAGGGACAUCAAACACUGGGCCAUGGCAGUGUCUGCUGAUCUCUGUCAUCACACCGUGGGUUGCAAUGAGCUCCCAACUCUGUCCCUGGGCUACAGCACAACACCCUGGCUGACGGUCUCUCUUUAAUUUUUUUUGUGUGUGGCGAAUGUGAUGUGUCUACAAGCGAGGCUGUGGAAAACAUCAGGCGUCCUUCUCGAUCCUUCUCUGAUUCCCCUGACAAGGCUCUCAUGGAACCAGAGGCUUGAUGGUUCACCAGAGCCUGCUGCCCAGAGAGCUCCCCUGGGUCUGCCUGUUUCCUGCUGACCUGAUUACAGGCUCAGGCAUCCAUGUCUGAACUUUCCUUUUUUGAGACAAGCUCUCUCCACAGCCCUGGCUAUCCUGAACUCACUAGUCUAGACUGCCCUCCGAGUCAGAAAUCCACCCGGAUUAAGUAAAGGUUUGUGCUCCUGUGCAGGGCUGCCUUCUCUUAAUUCAGUGGUGGGAAUUGAACUCGGGCCUCACGUGCUGUGAGGAAGAGCUGUACCACUGAGCUGUGUUCCUGUGCCCUGAUUCUUAGUGUGCUGGGUGCUUCCGUCAGUUCCUACAGUCUCUGCCUCCUGACUGUUGGGGAGUACAAGUGUAAAUGCCACAUCUGGUUUAGGGGAUGGAGCCCAUAGCCUUUUAUGUGCAUAGUGUGUGUGUUUACAUGUACAGUGGUGCGCGCGCGCGUGUGUGUGUGUGUGUGUGUGUGUGUGUGUGUGUGUGUGUGUGUGUGUGUGUGUUGGGGGUGGGUGGGUCAGGACAACUUGUAGGAGUUGGUUCUCUUGGUGGGACCUGAGAAUUGAACUGGGUUGGCAGUCUCUACCUACUGAGCCAACUCUCUGGCCCAGACCCAUAGCUUCUUGCUUGCCAGGCAAGUAUUCUACAUUCUACCCACUGAGCUUCUGUAUCAACAGCCUGCCUCUUUAAUUGUUUGCUUUUGUUUUUUGAGAUUGUCUCUUUUGGUAGUCCUGUAACUUGGUAUUUACCCAGGCUAGACUCAAUUCACAGAAAACCCUGGUCUGCCCCUGCCUCUCAGUGCUGGGAUUAAAGCCUUCUCCAGCAAGCCUGACAUCUCCAAUCUUUUCACUCUUUCUGAGCGACACUGCAGCCUACAUAGUAUUCUCUGAAGUGUAAUGUGUGAUUAAGAUUGCAGAAAAUUGUUGGAUUGUUAGUGCCUAUGACUAGCCAGGGAAAUCAUAGUACGUAGUGGAUUAUAGACAACAAAAUUGAUGUAGUAUGUGGAUUUAUUGGUAUUCAAUAAAUUCUGAUGUUUUCUAAAGAC